UCUGUGCUGGACCUCGACGUUGAAGACGAUCAAGUGCAAUCUAUCUUCUCCUCUGCUCCUGCUUCAGCUUCUACUUCAUCUCUUUCAUCUCGGGAUUCAGUUAACCACAAAAGCAAAGUUAAGAGCGAUGGUGAUUUCAUAUCAGUAGAAAAUGGAAAGCAAAAUCAGCAGAAUUUGGUGCCUUCUGAAGCGUACAAGUUACCCCUUGUAUGGAUUGACUUGGAAAUGACUGGUCUGGACAUUGAAGUUGACCGAAUAUUGGAAAUUGCUUGUAUAAUCACAAAUGGCAGUCUGACCAAAUCAGUGGAGGGUCCAGAUUUGGUUAUCCAUCAAACUAAUAACUGUUUGGAUAAGAUGGGAGAAUGGUGCCAACAUCAUCAUGCAGCCAGUGGGUUGAAGAAGAAAGUGCUUCAGAGUACAACCAGUGAAGGAGAAGCUGAAAAGCAGGUAUUUAACAAGAUUAGGACUCCCUUUUUCUGGGUCUAUUUUAUCAAGUUUUUGGGAUCAAACCCAUGUUUUAGAACAAGAAAAAGGGAAGAUAGAGUUCAGUACUUGUUUGGUAAUAAUAACUUUUGGAAUUUUGUUUUCAGUGACGAUAAUUUUUUUUUCAUGUCCUAGAUGACUGAAAUUUCCAUUUGGAAAACUUUCACUUUGAUAAAUGUUACUAAAACUCCAAACUCUUGAACAAAAGCAAAUAAAGCCUAUUUUUACAAAUCUAAUUCCUAAAACAAAGUCCGAUAAGUUUUUAUGUUGGUUUCCACAUCCGGAAUUGUAAAGAAAGUUCUUCAAUUAAAAAAGAAAAAAGCAAGAGAAGAAAAGCUCAUAAAAAAUUUUGAUUGGUCGGCAGUGCUGAAAAUAAGUCAUCUUCCCCAAAUAAAAAAAAAAAGACUGUUAUUAGGGGGAGAAAAAGAGAAAGGUAGACAAAAAGGGAGGACAAGGCAUGCUCAUAAGGAAGUACAAAGAGAUAAGG